GAAGAGAAGAAAAGGAAAGGAAAGAAAAAACUUGCAGACUCAAGUUCAAAACUUUCCUCUUUCUCUUUCUUCGUAAGGUGGUACUUGCGUUUCCCCUUGAGCUUCUCCAAAUCUAGUUUGCUACUUAACUUCUACUCUUUAGAUUCUAGAAUUACUGCAUUUCCCCGCUUUAUUUUGACAAGAGAAAAAUCACAGAAGCUUAAAACCCCAACAAGAAAGAACAAAUCCUAGGAGAAGAUGGCUGCUCCAUUGUCAGUUUGGCCUUGGGAGAAGCUGGGAAUUUUCAAGUAUCUGUUUUAUGGACCACUGGUUGCAAAAGCCAUAUAUUCACAGAUUCAUCAGGAGGGUAACUUCAUGAUUGAUUGGUGUCUCCAUAUUCUCAUUAUCUGUGCUCUUCGAGGAUUAGUUCAUAUUUUCUGGAGCUCUUUCGUUAACAUGCUUUUCCUCACAAGUAAUCGCCGGAUAAACCAGCAAGGCUAUGAUUUCAAGCAGAUAGACAAUGAAUGGAACUGGGACAAUUUCAUACUUCUUCAAGCGAUAAUUGCAUCCAUUGCAUGCUAUAUCUUCCCAACGUUCAUUGAAAAUGUUCCUGUGUGGAACACAAAAGGAUUCAUUACCAUUUUGAUACUCCAUGUCGGAAUGUCAGAGCCUCUAUACUACUGGGUACACAGAUGCUUCCAUGAAAGUUAUCCUUUUACCCAUUACCAUUCACUUCAUCAUUCGUCGCAUGUGCUCCAUCCCUUUACAGGUGCAACUGCAACAUUUUUAGAGCAUCUUGUACUAACCAUGAUCAUUGGAAUUCCAAUAACUGGGUCUUAUAUGAUGGGAUAUGGAUCAAGAGCUGUGGUUUAUGGUUAUAUUUUGGCAUUUGAUUUCCUUAGAUGCUUGGGACACUCCAAUGUCGAAAUUGUUUCUCAUCGAUUGUUUGAGAUUUUCCCUUUCUUUAGAUAUCUCCUCUAUACACCAUCAUACCAUAGCCUGCACCACUCGGAGAUGGGCACCAAUUUCUGCCUUUUUAUGCCUGUAUUUGAUGCGAUAUGGAACACCCUAAACGCCAAUUCUUGGGAACUCCACAACCAAAUAAGUUCACAUGCAGGGAAAAAAGAGAGAGUGCCUGAUUUUGUGUUCUUAGCUCAUGCGGUGGAUGUUUCAUCUUCAAUGCAUGCACCGUUUGUUAACAGGGCGAUUGCCUCAUUCCCCUACACGGCCGUGUCUGUAAUGCUCCCAUUCUGGCCGGUUUCAUUUAUGGUGCUGCUAGCCAUGUGGGCUAAGGCUAAGACCUUCAUGCUAUCCUUCUACAAUCUAAAAGGCAGAUUGCACGCAACAUGGGUCGUGCCUAGGACUGGCUUUCAGUAUUUCCUGCCGUUUGCUCAAGAGGGCAUUAACAAGCACAUAGAAGAAGCAAUUCUAAGAGCUGAUAGAGAUGGGGUCAAGGUCAUUAGUCUUGCUGCAUUAAACAAGAAUGAAGCACUGAAUGGUGGUGGAACGCUAUUUGUGAACAAGCACCCAAAGCUUAGAGUUCGAGUGGUGCAUGGAAACACCUUAACAGCUGCUGUUAUUCUCAAUGAAAUCCACAAGGAUGUUAAAGAAGUGUUUCUAACUGGAGCUACUUCUAAACUUGGAAGAGCCAUUGCCCUCUAUCUUUGCCAAAGGAGAGUAAGGGUGCUUAUGUUGACUCUUUCAACCGAAAGAUUCCAAAAUGUUCAAAAGGAAGCUCCCUUGGAUUGCCAAAGCUACCUAGUACAAGUCACCAAGUAUCAGGCAGCCAGAAAUUGCAAGAAUUGGAUCGUUGGCAAAUGGAUCACACCUAGAGAGCAAAGCUGGGCUCCAAAAGGAACACAUUUCCAUCAAUUUGUAGUCCCACCAAUACUGUCGUUUAGAAGAGACUGCACUUACGGGGAUCUUGCAGCCAUGAGACUGCCGGAGGACGUUCAGGGGCUCGGAUGCUGUGAGUAUACAAUGGAGAGAGGAGUGGUUCAUGCAUGCCAUGCAGGUGGUGUGGUUCAUCUGCUAGAAGGUUGGACUCACCAUGAAGUCGGUGCCAUAGAUGUGGACAGGAUUGAUCUGGUUUGGAAUGCUGCUUUGAAGCAUGGAUUAAAGCCUGUAUCAAGUGUCAACAAACAAAAAUCAAUGUGAAAUGAAGUUUGUUGUAACCAAAAAGGCUCUUUAUUUUGUUGCUAAUUUAUAUAAGAUGGAACAAGAAUGAAAUGUUUAAUUAAGUUGCAUAUUAAUAUAGUUUAUCA